AGCAGACGGACUGAAUGAGUUCCUCUAAUCCGUGUGUUCCUUAUCCCCCAUCUCUCUAAAACCCUUCUCUGAAAGAAGAAUAACUAUAGCUUCGGGGAUAAUAUAGCUUUAAGGAAACUUUUGGCAGAUGCGGACAUCGUAACAUCUGGGCAGUGUUAACAGAAACCCGGAGGCUGGGACAGACCAGGAGCCACUCAUUCUAGGAAUGUUAAAGUAGAAGGUUUUUUUCAACUGAUGAGAGGAGCAGAGAGGAAAGAAAAGGAGGAGGAGAGAGAAAAAGGGCACAAAAUACCAUAAAACAGAGCCCAUAUUUCUGCUUCCCCUCACUUUUGGAGGUUAACUGAUGGCUGAAUUCUGAAAGUCACGUUCCUUUGCCCUGGUACUUCAUCUUUUUUUGUCACCAUAAUCCUCCCUUUCAAGGAUGGCCAGCCAACUAACUCAAAGAGGAGCUCUCUCUCUGUUGCUCUUCCUAACUCCAGCAGUGACACCAACAUGGUAUGCAGGUUCUGGCUACUAUCCAGAUGAAAGCUACAACGAAGUAUAUGCAGAAGAGGUCCCACGGGCCCCUGCCCUAGACUACCGAGUCCCCCGAUGGUGUUACACAUUAAAUAUCCAGGAUGGAGAAGCCACUUGCUACUCACCGAGGGGAGGAAAUUAUCACAGCAGCCUGGGCACGCGUUGUGAGCUCUCCUGUGACCGGGGCUUUCGACUGAUUGGAAGGAGGUCUGUGCAAUGCCUGCCAAGCCGUCGUUGGUCUGGAACUGCCUACUGCAGGCAGAUGAGAUGCCACGCACUGCCAUUCAUCACGAGUGGCACUUACACCUGCACAAAUGGGGUGCUUCUUGACUCUCGCUGUGACUACAGCUGUUCCAGUGGCUACCACCUGGAAGGUGACCGCAGCCGAAUCUGCAUGGAAGAUGGGAGAUGGAGUGGAGGCGAGCCUGUAUGUGUAGACAUAGAUCCCCCCAAGAUCCGCUGUCCCCACUCACGUGAGAAGAUGGCAGAGCCAGAGAAACUGACUGCUCGAGUAUACUGGGACCCACCAUUGGUGAAAGACUCUGCUGAUGGUACCAUCACCAGGGUGAAGCUUCGGGGCCCUGAGCCUGGUUCUCACUUUCCCGAAGGAGAGCAUGUAAUUCGUUACACUGCCUAUGAUCGAGCCUACAACCGGGCCAGCUGCAAGUUCAUUGUGAAAGUACAAGUGAGACGCUGCCCAACUCUGAAACCUCCACAGCAUGGCUACCUCACCUGCACCUCAGCGGGGGACAACUAUGGUGCCACCUGUGAAUACCACUGUGAUGGCGGUUAUGAGCGCCAGGGGACCCCCUCCCGGGUCUGUCAGUCCAGCCGCCAGUGGUCAGGUUCACCACCAAUCUGUGCUCCUAUGAAGAUUAAUGUCAACGUCAACUCAGCUGCUGGUCUUCUGGAUCAAUUCUAUGAGAAACAGCGACUCCUCAUCAUCUCAGCUCCUGAUCCCUCCAACCGGUAUUAUAAAAUGCAGAUCUCUAUGCUACAGCAAUCCACCUGUGGACUGGAUUUGAGGCAUGUGACCAUCAUUGAGCUAGUGGGACAGCCACCACAGGAAGUGGGGCGCAUCCGGGAGCAACAGCUGUCAGCCAACAUCAUCGAGGAGCUCAGGCAAUUUCAGCGCCUCACUCGCUCCUACUUCAACAUGGUGUUGAUUGACAAGCAGGGUAUUGACCGAGACCGCUACAUGGAACCUGUCACCCCUGAGGAAAUCUUCACAUUCAUUGAUGACUACCUACUGAGCAAUCAGGAAUUGAUCCAGCGCCGGGAGCAAAGGGACAUAUGCGAGUGAACUUGAGUUAGGGUACGGUUGAAGUCAAAGGAAAAGCUCCUCUAGUUAGCUGAAACUGAGGCCUAAUAAAAGGAAGAAAUGGUUUCCCACAGUUCCAGGGACAGGACUGAGGUGCGUGAGUUUGCCGAAUCCUACAAUGUUUCCAGGCAUCCUCUUAGGGCUUUUGAAUAGUUUCCCUAGAAGCUAGGCAGGGGCUGAGGACAGGCCCUGUCUGGGCAGUGGGUUGAGGGUAGAAGCUCUUCCUUUCCUAACCUGGGCCUCUGCCCAACUCUCCAGUCUUUCAGAAAAGUAAAUCCUAAAUUCACUCAUGAA